UUUCCAAGCUCUUAAACUGGACAGCAAAUAUAGUGACUCCGAGGAAGAUUCCAUUUGGCAUAGCACAGACGAGCGGGCACGUCUAUUGCCCAAAAGAGGAAGCGAAUCGAAUAGUUUUGGCUUGCGGCCCAAGUUAAGGCAGCUGGCGUCUCAGCUGUUUGACCUCGAAGAGGUGCAGCAAUUAACGCGUGGCCUACGCCAAGUGAAUUACCAAAAGCUCAGCCAGGAGUUGCCUCAGAAGUUAAACAAUCCCAAAUACUCAAAAACCAUGUCGGCACCAUCAACCUCUUCCGUUGGCGAUGCGGCUGCAGCGCUCUCUGGAAAUUUGCAGCUUGCGCCACUCCGAACUCUGGAUGACUUUGUGCUCGGAUCGGCGCGCUUUCAGCUGCCCAACUUGAAGGACUUUGACAAGUGGGGCAACCGCGUGGUCAAGAACUUGCUGUACUAUCAGACGAACUACUUCCUCGUCUUUCUGGCCAUCUACGUCAUCAUGAUAGCCUGCAAUCCCAUGAAGAUCAUCAGCGGCCUGAUUGUGCAGGCUCUGCUAAUCGCCAUCAUUUGGCAGUUCUUUAACAGCAAGUCCAAGACGAACUUCAUAGCCAGUCGCCUGACUGGUGGCAACCCGAUUCUAGCUCAGCAGCAUGCCCAGCAAAAAUGGUACAUCCUGGCAGGCGCCCUGUUGGCUGGCUAUCUGUUCCUGCACAUGAUUAGCGCGGUUCUGCUGACGGCCUUCACGCUGCUGCUGCCCGUCUCGGUGACCUUCAUCCAUGCCUCGCUGCGGCUGCGCAACAUGAAGAACAAGCUGGCCAACACCAUCGAGAGCUUCGGCCCGUCCACGCCCAUGGGCUCGCUCCUGGAUGCAUUGAAUGUGCGCGCCGAGGGAGUCGUCAAUUAAAGCGGCAGAUAAAUAAUGCUAAUUGUUGAUCAUGUUUGAGGGAAUGUCUCCCCCUUUUGAAUAGAUGCUUCGAUUCACUGUAUACACCUAUAUAUAUAUCUAUAUUUAUAUAUUAUGAUUUGAUCUUUUUUACGUUUAAAAAUGAAUUUCUUAUUCACGUAUUGUUUCUGCUAAUCAGCAAUUAUAAAAGUCAAUAAAAGUUUUCCCUUAAAGUAAAUCAUUAAA